AUAUAUGUGCGUCACAUCCAUAGACAAAUCAACAUCGCAAAUUUGCAAACACGUCUGCUAUGUUAUUUACUAAAACAGAAAUUAGGUCAGUGGCCUAUUUUCGCUACCCACGGACCAAUGGAAAUGGCAAACCCUGACGUUGACCGGGGAAUUGGGACGCGGCGCUAAUCGGGCAAAUCGUUCGCAAAUGCUCUUGAUUUUGCACAACUUUCAUUGUUAAUUUUUUGGCAGCGUCGGCGCCGGCGUCGACGUUGCCGUCGGCAGUGACUGAGACAGAGACAAGAUAGAGACAGAGACAGCAAGAGAGAGACAACGAGAGUAUAACAUUAGCGAUAUGAAUUUCAUGGAAUUUGCAAAGUUUCGCGCGGUUUAGCGUUUAUCACCACAUCCCACAACAUCCACUUGUCGCUGCACACUGGGCGUUGGGUCAUUGGGCACGUGCUGCCGCCGAGCGAAAGCAGCGAUGCGCAGCUGAACUCGCCCCAAGAGCCUGAACUGCGACCCUGGCGCGUAGAAAUGAGAAAGUGUCCCUGCCCAAUGGAGCUGGCGACGCUGAGUUUCAUUUAAAGCGAAUCGCAGACAUCGUGCAUAUGCAAUAAGAAUAUCAGUAAUAAUGCAAAUAAGAAUAACAUAAUGCACAACAACAGCAGCAGCACUAACAACAACAACAACAGCAUCAACAACCUGAGCUGAGCUUUAGAUCUUGGGUAUAAAACGUGUGGGUCGCUGCGAUGUCAAUUCAAACGUUUAACGAGCUCAGAGCAGCACGCGACCGAUAAGACGAGCCCCCCCAGUAACAUCAUACAUUGUAUAUAAAAAUAUUGUAAUCAAGCAUUUAACAAUGCACGCCAGCAAAUUAGUGUUGUCUCUGGUGUUGACGCUGCUGUGCUGUCAGGGCCUGUUGGCAGCUUGUGUCUGCUCGGAGAAGGGCACCGAUUUCUGUCAGAGCUGCCAGGGACCGACGAUAGUGCGACCGCGGCCCCGCUACUAUGAGCCCAGCGAGGUGAACUUGUCGCCCAUCGGCGACAAUUGCUGGUGCAGCAAGCAGUUGAUCGAGCCCGCCCAGCUACCGAAGACCUGCGGCAAAGUACGUGAGCUCUUUCAAUAUGUGCACGCAUUUAACAAUCUGUUGAGCCGCCGCAUGCUUGAGGGCGCCAUCGAGGCCAAGACAUUGGCGGCACAGCGUCUGGCCGAGCGGCUGCAGCGCUUGGAGCAAGCCGACUGCCACAAGAGGCGUGCCCCACCAUGCAAACCCACCUGCGGCUGUCAGAAGUGCCAAGAUAGCAGCUACGCCAGCUCCAGCAGCAGCAGCAGCAGCAGCAGCAGCUCCACAUACGAUAACAUUGGCUAUGCGGCCGAGAAGUCGAGGGAUGAUAGCCCACCGGCUGAUCCCAUCAGCGUCAGCCUGGCCGUCCAGGCGGGCAAGGCUAUCAAUGUGCCCGAGGCCAAGCUGUCCUAUGGAUUCGCACAGAAGCCCGUGGAUGGACAACAGAAAAUCUUCUUCUCCAAUGUGCCCGAGGAAAAUCUGUUUAAGCUGAAGAGCGAUGUCAUCACACUGAAGAAGCGCAACUAUGUGGCCAAAGAAGAGGAAGAGGAGGAGUACAUAGAGGAAGAAGAGGAGCAAGCCGCCGAGAGUGACGAAGCGGCGCCGCAAUUGACAUACAAGCAGCUUGGCUACAUAACCGAACAAUUCAAGAAUCCCAAAUUCAAGAAAAUCAUCUCAUCCAAAUCCAGCUACAGCUCCAGCUCAGGCAGUGAAGGCUACGGCAAGGUGGGUGGCAAAGUUUCGGUCGACUGCGGCUUCAAGCCCGGUCGCGUCGCCCCCUAUCGCAGUGCCCGUCGCCAGGAGCUGGAUAGUGGCAGCUACUAUUAGGUAGUAAGAGCAGAGUCUGUAAAUAAUUGUAUAUGAAUAGGGAUGGAUACAAUGAUGAUGUAUGAUGUAUGUAUGUUUUAGUUAGCGUUUACAAUUUAUUUAAAAUACACGAUCCUUUUUAACAGUUA